AUGUGUUCAUCGACAAAAGAGUACGAUGUUUUUCUUAGUUUCAGAGGUGCGGACACACGUAACAACUUCACCAUCCAUCUCUUCAACGCUCUGAAAAACAAAUCAAUCAAGACGUACAUGGACUGUCUUAUUGAUAGAGGAGAAGAUGUUUGGCCUUCACUUGAGAGAGCGAUCGAGGACUCACACGUGUCAAUCGUGGUUUUCUCUAAAGACUAUGCUUCUUCGAAGUGGUGUUUGCAAGAACUGGUGAAGAUUCUGCAGUGCAGAAAAGAUGUUGGUCAGGUUGUUAUACCUGUUUUUUAUGGAACAGAUCCGUCACAGAUAAGGGGUCAGACUGGGAGCUUCGAGCAAUCAUUUGCGAAACAUGUACGAGGUCUGGGAGACAAUGACAUCAAAGUCAAAAAAUGGAGAGACGCUCUCACUGAAGCUGCCCAAAUUUCUGGAUGGGACUCCCGAAAUCUGGAUGAGUCUCAACUCACAGAGAAUAUUGUGAAUGAUGUAUUGCAAAAGCGAUGUCUGCGGAGACCCAUUGAGCUAAAUGGCCUUGUUGGAACCGACGAAAUCUGUAAAAAUGUAGAAAUUUUAAUGAAAAGAUACAAAGUCAUUGGGAUUUGGGGCAUGCCUGGAAUUGGCAAGACAACCAUAGCUAAUGUGUUGUUUGCCAAACUCUUUCCCCAAUUUGACAAGGUUUGCUAUGUAGAUAAUGUAAAAGAAUAUUCACAUGAUAGGCUUAUCUCUAAGCUAUUAAAAGAAGAAAUUUGCAUACCGAAUGUUGUUGGAUUCCAAUAUGGUCUAAAAAGGCUUGGUAACAAAAAGGUUUUCAUAGUACUUGAUGACGUGGAUAGUUUGGAUCAAGUAAAAUAUUUCUGCAGAGAAUACCGAGACCUAAAUGAAGAUAGUAGACUCAUCAUAACAACAAGAGAUAAGCAUAUUCUUAAUGAUGAAGUGGAUUGGAUCCACGAGGUAAAAAAAUGGAACGACCCACAAUCACUACAACUCUUUUGCUUAAAAGCCUUCAAUGAGAUUCACCCUCGAGAGGGUUAUGAGGUUCUAUCUGCUAGCAUGGUAGAGUAUGCUGGCGGCGUUCCAUUAGCUUUGAGGGUUUUGGGUUCGAGUCUUCGAUCGAAACGAGUUGACUUUUGGAAAGGUACUCUGGAGAAACUGAAGAGGUAUCCUGAUAAGGCUAUUCAAGACUUCUACAAAAUGAGCUAUGAUGGAUUAGAUGAAGAAGAGAAAAAGAUAUUUCUUGAAAUUGCAUUUUUUCACAAAGGAGAAGAAAAGGAUAGUGUCACAAGCAUACUCAUGGCCUGUGGGCUUGAAGCAAGGUGUGGAAUGGUGGUCCUUCGAGAUAAAGCUUUCAUAUCUAUUUCAUAUAAUAAUACAAUAGAAAUCCAUGACUUGUUGCAAGAAAUUGCGUUUGAAAUAGUGCGUCGAGAAAGUAGUGAAGAUCCUACAAGACGUAGCCGAUUGAUGAGGGACACUGAAGAAAUUUGUACUAUCCUCAAAGAUAACAAGGGUACAGAUGCAAUUGAAGGCAUAAUGUUAGAUUUGUCACAAAUUGAAGAAAUGCAGUUGCGUGCUGAUGCUUUUAGAAGGAUGAAUAAUUUAAGAUUUCUUAAAUUAUAUAAGCCCUCAGAUCAAUGUGCUGGUAAAAUUAGUCUUCCUGAAGACCUUGACUCACUUUCUGACAAACUAGUUUACCUUGAGUGGUAUGGAUACCCUUUGGACUCUCUUCCACUAAACUUUUGUGCUAAGUUCCUUGUUGAGAUUCGUAUGUCGCAUAGCAAUGUCAAACAACUAUGGCAGGGGAUUCAGGAAGUUAGCAACCUGGAGAGAAUUGACUUAAGUGAAUGCAAGCAGUUAAUAAAGCUUCCAGAUUUGUCUAAGGCAAAAAGACUGAGAUGGGUGAACCUCUCCGGCUGUGAGAGUUUGUGUGCUCUUCAUUCAUCAGUUUUAUCCUCCGACACACUUAUAACUUUGAUACUAGACAGGUGCAUAAAUUUACAAUAUGUUAAGGGCGAUAAGCACUUAAAAUCUCUAGAGAAUAUUAGCGUCAAUGGUUGCUCAAGUCUGGAGGAAUUCGCAGUGUCAUCUGAUUUGAUUGAAAGCUUGGAUCUAAGCAACACAAGAAUUGAAAUGCUAGACACAUCAAUUGGCCGUCUAUGCAAACUUGGAAGCCUCAAUCUAGAAGGUUCUCCCGUUAAGCAUCUCCCGACCGAGCUAUGCUUGACAUCGCUUAAGGUCCUAAAGCUCUCGUAUGAUGGCCUAGUAAUCGACAAGCAACAACUUCAUGUUCUCUUUGAUGGCUUACGUUCUCUACAGAUAUUGCAUCUCAAGGAAUGUAGUAAUUAUCUCACUGAAUUCCCUGACAACAUUGGCAUCUUGUCAAAAUUACAGGAACUAAUACUUGAUGGAAGCUCUGUGCAGUGCUUGCCUCCGAGCAUUAAGCAUCUUCAAAGGCUGGAAAUUCUGUCCUUGAAGAGUUGCAAGAAGCUCCGGAGUUUGCCAGAGCUUCCACCACUAAUCCAUGAGUUCUGUGCUGAUGACUGCGCCAUAUUGAAGUCGGUGUCAAACUUGAAGACCUUUUCUAGGAAGAUGGUGGGAAAGACGAAACACAUUUCGUUCAAGAAUAGCUUGAAAUUGGAGGAAGAGUCGUUGCAGUCUGUUAUGAAAAGCCUCCAUUUAACAAUGAUUAAAGCUGUGGCUAACAAUGUGGUAGUGAGAAAACACCGCGGAGGCUAUAAUUAUAACAGUAUGGAGGUUUGUUUACCAGGAAGCAGAGUUCCAAGAGAGUUCUUCGCAUACAAAAAAUCAGAGUCUUCAUCCAUUAUCAUUACCGAACUUCCUGACUCUGAAUGGUUAGGCUUCAUUUACUGUGUUGUUCUUUCGCCAUCCGAAGGAAUAAGGAAGGAAGGCGCUAAGCUUCGAUGUCAAUGCCAGUUGGUAGGAGGCCAAAAGGGUACAUGGUUGAACAAAGCCGUCAGUGAAUUGAACUCGGAUCAUGUUUAUGUAUGGUAUGAUCCACUUCAUUGCGACAACAUUCUUAGAUUCCAUCCACCAAAGGUUCGCUUUGAGUUUAGUGUUACAACUGAUGAAGGGGAAGUGGAUGGAUCAAUCCAUAUUAAAGAGUGCGGUGUACUCCUCAUAAGUUUUUCCGUUGUGGAAAGUGUUUUACAAGAAUUGGAGCUGCAUUUGCCUGUUGAUUUGGUUGAGGAAGAAAAUGUGCUGGCCCCUGAGGAGAAGCCAAUUGCAUGUUAUUCUUCUCAACUAGAUACGCCUUCAGAAGAUAAUCAAAAUAAAUCCAUGGAUCUUGACAAAUCUAAAGGAUUACUGCAAGAAAGAAAAAAUGCGCUCGUGCAACGAACUGAAUGCACCUUACCUUCAAACAUGAAAGAUGUAGCCAAACAGGCAGAAGGUGAAGGCGACUCUGCAAUGGCUGCUCAGUUGUUAGAAAACUUGGAAGGACCGUUAUUGGAUGAUCAUGUCCUAAAUUUAGACGAUCAUUCCCUAAUGAAAGGCCAUGGAGGUCCUGCACUUUUCCGUUGGCUUCAAGAUCAAGCGCUUCGUUCGGCGAGCGUUGCAAGAUACGCGGAGCAGGUGUUCCAAGCUGCCUCAAGAAGCAUUGCUGAGAAAGAUGAAGAAUUAAGACUUGCGAGAGAUGAGGCGGUCAGGAAGCAAGAAAGUUUGAAAAUAAUGGAGGAUAGACUCCAGGAUCUAAACUACCAGCUGGCUUCUUGGAGAAGAAAAUAUGAAGAAGCUCAAGAGAAAUGGCGUAUAAGGGAAAGUGCGUUGGAGACAGAGGUGGCAAUGUUGGUUGCCUCGUUUCAAAAUAGUAGGUUGCAGGUUCAAAUUCCGUAUCCUGACAUUAGGAGGAACGAGCAGAUGUUCAGCGAUAAGACCAGCUCUGUUUGGGCAGUUAAUCAGCAUGGCCGCUUCUUUCCAGCUGCUUCUUGGGCACGACCUGAGACGGGCUUCUUCAAAGUGAACUGCGACGGCAGUGUUUUUGAAGAUGAGCAUAAGGCGGGCUUUGGGUGCGUGCUCAGAGAUAGCUCUGGAAGGUGGGUCCGAGGCUGCUGUGGCAAGGUGGCUGUAACUAGUGGGUUGAGAUUGGAGCUUUGGAGCUUAUGGAGAGGUCUUCUCCUGGCUUUGGAAGCUGGCAUCGAGUUCCUUGUGUGUGAAACGGACUCCAUGGAAGCCUUCUCUCUGGUUUCAGGUUGGAGGAUUCCCAGUGACCAUGUGGAGAAGGAUCUGGUUAUGCGCUUCAUUGAGUUGAAGAGACUGCAGGGCUGGACUGUGCGUUUUGGGCUGAUAAGGAGAGAUGCCAAUUCGGUGGCUGAUUGGCUUGCUAAGGAAGGGGCUCAUGGCGAGGCUGCCUCUACUGUGUGGUUGCACCCACCAGGCCCGCUUCAGCUGCUCCUGCAAAAGGACCUUGCUUAG